AUGGUACGCGAAGUGAACGCUAAUUGGGCAACUGUUGUGGUAACUCACGCUAGACCCAAGGGUUCUAAGCUUGGGUCAGGCAAAUCCAUCAACAUUCCCAAGAGCAGGGUGCAGCUUAAAGGCCUGACUCCGAAAGAUCUCCUCGACCUCGACUUUGUUGGCUCUAACGCCGACAUGGUAGGCAUUUCAUUCAUUCGAAAUGUCGAUGACAUAGUUAUUGUUCAACAUGAGUUAGAGAAAAGAAAUCUAACAAAAUUGGGGAUUGUACUGAAGAUUGAAACCAAGGAUAGUUUGCAGAGGCUACCUUCAUUGUUAUUUCAAGCAAUGCAAUCCUCAAAUCCUCUUGGAGUAAUGAUUGCUAGAGGUGACCUUAUGGUAGAAUGUGGAUGGGAUCAGUUGGGUGAAAUCCAAGAGGAGAUCUUGUCCAUCUGCAGUGCUGCACACAUUCCUGUAAUCUGGGCAACCCAGGUUCUUGAAUCCUUAGUCAAAUUUGGCUUUCCUACUCGAGCUGAAAUCACGGAUGUCUUCAAAGCUAUGGGGGCAAGCUGUAUUAUGUUGAACAAAGGCGACAAUAUUGUGCAAGCUGUUACAGCUUUGAAUUCACUUCUGAGCAAUAGAUCUAGUAGUGAACGAUGAUACUGAAUCCAUCGUUCCACUUGCAUAGGCUCGGUGGAUAAGAAGGACUUAGAGUUGGCUUUGCAAGAUCAAUUUUUCCACUAUCGUAUAUCAAGUUCAUCAGUGUAUGUAUAUAAAGUAGUUUUAGAUGUUAUUAUAUGGUUCUUCCUGAACCGAUUUUUGUAUUGUUCGUGUACUGCAGUUAGCGAAGAAGUCAAUACCUAAAGAAGCAAGUAAAACUCAAAUUGGAUCAAUUAUGUUAAUUUUUUUUAAUCAUUUAACGUAAAAGCUUGAGCUAAUAUUCUCCUACUUAUGAAAUUUGUACCUUGAAUUUGAGACCUUG